AUGAUCGUGGUGGUGGAUGGCCAGACCCGAGCAACCUGGCCAAUCCGCUCUAAGUCAGGCGCUAACAUCCUGCCGGAGAGCAUCGACCAGUGCAAGGGCUACAGCGCAUUCGCGGUUCUGCUGGACUCGCUGAACGUGGACCAGCCGGACGGAGGUGAUGGAUCUGAUCUCGGCUCUAGCGUUAGUGCAGGAGAUGCUGGUAUGCUUGUGGGUUCGGCCGAGAGCCAUCUGAAGGAUUACCUGAACAGCAACGCAGACAAGAUGUCGCGCUCCCUCGCCGUGUCCAAGGUCGUCGUGAAUGCUAAGGAGAUCGAGUUCGACAGUUUGGCCAAGGACGGCGCCAUAUCCAUCUACGCCACACGCCAAGCACGCCCGCGUACUCUCUGGAGACGCCCAGUCCAGCAACUGUGCAAUGGCCCGGGCUAA